UUAAGUGCUCAUCACAUCUAUGCAUUUAUAUACCAACAGGUAUGAAAAAACCUAGCAGAAUUCUUAGCAUUUUGGGUUGGUGAUCAUCGACAAAGUUAGUUGAGCUACGAUUACCCGUGAGACUUGUGCCAAAAAACCAUCAAUCUUCCUUUAUUCAGAAUAGUACAAGGUUCUGCUUCCAUCCAGUAAGUGUAUCACACCACCUUCCUUAAUACUACAGUGCCUCGUACGCGUAUAAGUUUGUGGGUGCGGUGUACGGGUGAUGUCUGGGAGAAAGCUGGGGGAUCAUUUCUGAGGUAUUCUAGGUAUAUAAUGUCUGGGAAACAGUAGGAAAUCAACAGAGACUCCUGGUUGAAACUUUGAGUUAGUCAAACUGGUUAGUCUUUCCUUGAAAAAACUUUGAAAGAAAGUGGUAACAAAAAUAUAGCAGUUAGUUGGUCAUGAGUGCGUUAUCGGAGUCACCUUUCCUGAAUUCCUGGUAUAAGUUGAAGAAGUUUGCUGCAUUUAUUGGUCCAGGGAUUAUUAUAAGUGUGGCCUUUGCUGAUGCUGGGAACUAUUCCACUGCAGUUUCUGCAGGUGGUAUGUUCGAAUACAAGUUAUUGUUUAUUAUAUUCCUUUCAAAUAUCUUUGCAGUUAUAUUACAGUGCCUUUGUAUCAAGCUUGGUACCAUAACCGGAUUAGAUUUGGCAGAAAUGUGCCGUCUUCAUUUACCGUAUCACCUCAACUUGUUCAUGUAUGUUUGCGCAGAACUUGCCAUCAUUGCAACCGAUUUGGCAGAGGUGGUAGGGACUGCAAUUGCAUUGGAAAUUCUUUUUGGAAUACCUUUGGUUUAUGGGGUUAUAAUCACCGUUCUAGACGUGUUGAUUGUUUUGAUGGCUUAUCAUAAAGAUGGUAGUAUGAAACAGACUAGAGUCUUUGAAAUCGUAGUAUCAGUGUUGGUUUUCGCUACUUGUUUAUGCUUUAUUCUUGAAUUAUUCAAGUGUGAUUUUAAAGACGGCUCAGUUGGAGACAUCUUCAAAGGUUUCUUACCUUUCAAUAGAGAGAUUUAUAAGGAUGCUAAUGCAUUAUUCUUGAGUUGUGGGAUCGUUGGUAGUACAGUUAUGCCUCAUUCGUUGUACUUGGGCUCUUCGUUAGUGAAUUCAAGAUUGAAAGAUUAUGACAUUAAACACGGAUUUCUUCGCCAACAAGUCAAUGAAGAUGGACUUUUAGAAGAGAAUAGUAGUAUCGUCACUACCGAACAACCUUUAGAAGCUACACAUAAUAAAUUUCGCUCUAUUUCUGAUGGUACCCUGCUAGCAAGAAAAUAUAAGCCUUCUUAUCCUGCAAUUAAACACUGCUUGAAUUAUUCUUAUAUCGAAUUAUGUAUAUCCUUAUUACUGAUUGCUGUAUUUAUAAAUUCAGCGAUCUUGAUUGUCGCUGGGUGCACUCUUUAUGGUAAGCCUGAUGCUGAAGAUGCUGACUUAUUAUCUAUAUACGAAAUGCUCUCUUACUACAUUUCUCCAGCUGCCGGUUUGAUUUUUGCUCUUUCCAUGUUAUUCUCUGGUCAAAGUGCUGGUAUAGUCUGUACCAUGGCAGGCCAAAUCAUUUCUGAAGGGUUUAUUAAUUGGACUUUACAACCUUGGAUUAGACGUAUUAUCACUAGAGUGUUAGCGAUCGUACCUGUUGUAAUUGUCAUUUUAGCAUUAGGCCGUGAAGGAGUUUCAAAAAUUAUGAAUACCUCUCAAGUUAUCUUGAGUUUUAUCUUACCUGUGGUUAGUGCCCCAUUGAUCUGGUUCACAUGUAGUAAGAAGUUAAUGACGGUUUAUGAUUACCAGCCUUCCAACCCGAACCCUGACGAAAACUCCUUGCUACUCAACCAUAGCGGAGAACAACGUGCUAUUCCAAGUGAAUCCAAUAAUAAUGUUAGAAAAAUCACUUUUGAAAAUGGAACUGCUUUGACCGUUGGAAGUAUUAUAUCUUGGUUGAUUAUAACCUUUUUAAAUGUUUACUUGAUUUACUUGUUUUCAAUAGGUGUUCAAGUUUAAUACAAACUUUCCAUUAAAUUUUGUGUUCAUUAUAUUAUUAAAGCUAAUAGAAUAACUUAAUUUAUACUACAAAGAUAUAUAUUUAUAGAAAUCAGA